CUUUCAUACGACGCAUGAGACCAGUGCACACCUGUGUGAGUGAGUGUGUGUGUGUGUGUAUGUGUGUGUGUGUGUGUGUGUGUGUUUUAGAAACUGUCCUGUAUGUGUGAACGAGACUCUUACACACAACACGUAGCCUCAACUGAAAUCAGUGUGUCACAGUGCUCAUGAGAGUGUAUCAGGACCAGACAGAGGGGUCGUCGUCUAGGCGACAGAGUGCAGCAACAGUGGGUGUGGAGGUGGUAUCCAUGGCGAUGACGGCGCUGUUUGGGAGGAAGAAGCGAGAGGAGCAGGAGAAGAGGAGGGGGGUUGCUGUGGCAAAGCUGGAGGAGGAGAGAGAGAGGGAUGCAGAGACGGACGGAGACGGAGAGAGAGAGGGUAGCGCUCCCAUCAGGAGGAACUCACGCUUCUACCGCUCCAUGAGGAAGAAGAGGAUCAGAGACCAGGAGUCCAGCGACGCCCCCUCCCCACAGUCAUCGCGAGACUCCGCCUCUCCCUGGAAUAAGAACACGCCCACUACACCACGAUCUCCUAGACACCAGCGUCCUGCGAGUGCGUUGCCAGGCAACGGGCUGUCAAAGAGCCCACGUGCGGCGGAGGGCGGAGCCUGGUCUCCGUUGGCGACGGCGAGAGACGGUGGAGGCAGUCGAGGGAUGGAGGAGCUGGCGAGGCGCACGGAGGAGUGCUCCAUACACACACACACACACACACACACACGCGCGCGCUACCACACACACGCGCUCGCACCCACACACACAAAUGGCACAGCAGACCCUGAGGACGUGCGUCUACGGUUAAGGUCUGAGGACUCAAGGAGGAUGGACUCACACUCCAAUAUUGUAAACAUUGUCAAGAAUGUGGACUGUCUCUAUCAGGAAUAUGGCGUGACCUCCAAACAGCAGGAAGUUGAAGAGCGUCGGCGAGCGGAGCGAGAGUCUGCACAGGGACACACACACUCCAGCACUCUCUCACACACACACACGGCCACACGCACACACACACACACACACACACACUCUCCCUCCGUCCACCUCCAACUGCGGAGCAGCAGCCUCAGCCUCUGGCAGAACCUGCCCGCCGUCCAGCACCUGCUGACCAGCAUGAGCCCCAGAGAGAUCAUCCUGCAGGAGGCCAUGUUUGAGCUGGUGACAUCUGAGGCGUCGUACUACAAGAGUCUGGAACUGUUGGAGACUCACUUCCUGCGGAACUCCACCCUCAUCAGCAAGCUUAGCCAAUCAGACGCCCACUUCCUUUUCUCCAACAUCCAAGACGUCAUGAAGGCCAGUGAGAAGUUUCUGAUGGACCUGGAGCAUCGUCUGGAGGAGAGCCUACUGAUCUCAGAUGUGUGUGACAUCGUGCACCAGCACGCUCAAACCCACUUCAACGUCUUCAUCACCUACGUCAUCAAUCAGGGCUACCAGGAGAAGCACUACCGACGCAUCAUGCAGGAGAAUGAGGCGUUCCGUGAGCAGAUGCAGCAGCUGGAGAAUCAGCCGCGUGUGAAAGGCCUCUCCUUCACCUCCUUCCUCAUCCUCCCCUUCCAGAGGAUCUGCCGCCUCAAGCUACUGGUGCAGAACAUUCUAAAGAAGGUGGAGGAGAACACUGAGGGAGAGAUGAACGCCAUCCAAGCACACCGAGAGCUGGAGCGGAUUGUAAGGGAGUGCAAUGAGGGAGUGCGGAAGAUGAGCCGUACUGAGGAGCUGAUCAGCAUUGAGAAAACCCUGGAGUUCAAGUCUAAGUCGGUCCCGGUGAUCUCCCACUCCCGCUGGCUGCUGAAGAAAGGUGAUCUGCUGCAGAUGUCGGGGCCUAAGAGCACUAGGACCCUGAAGACCAGGAAGCUCUUCACACCCGUCCACCUGUUCCUCUUCAAUAACCUGCUGCUCGUCACCAAGCCCAGCUCCAGUGGGGAGCGUUUCCAGGUGCUGGACUCGUGCGUGCGCUCCAUGCUGCGUACGGAGGAUCUGGGGGACCAGGGUCAGACGCUGGCGCACGCAUUCAGCCUCAAGCUGCUGGAGAACCAGGAGGAGCGCGCCGUCAGCUACAUGCUCAAGGCCAACAGCAUGAGUGAUAAACUGAGGUGGAUGUGUGCUCUCACACCAAAUCGGCGCACUCGUUUCAUGUCAACCAGCGCCCAUCAACCAGAUGCCCCUCAGGUGCAGUGUGUGCAGUCCUACUCUGCCCAGGGCCCUGAUGAGCUCUCCAUUGAGAUGGCCGACGUGCUGCACGUGCUGGAGAGAACAGACGAUGGUUGGAUGCUGGGUGAGCGUCUCCAUGACGGCGAGCGCGGCUGGUUUCCGUGGCGGGUCGUCGAGGAGAUCCUGAGUGCGGAGCUGCGGGCUCAGAACAUCCACGAGUGUCAGCGCAUCCAGCAGGCUCAGGGGUCACAGGGGUCACAGGGGUCGCGCGGCCGCCACACACACGCGCGCUCACAAUCGCACUCACACACACACUCACACACCCUCUCACACUCACACUCCAGCACCGGGCCCCUCUAACGCACGCCUCCCACCUCCACCAAUCACAACCGGAGCCCAGAGUGACAUCACCUCAUGGCCCCUCCCACUCGCCGGCAGUCAUGUGACCAGAGGUCAGAUGAACAGGAGGGACUCUCAUGACGUCAGGGAUAUGUAUGUGUGUGUGUGUGUGUGUGUGUGUGUGUGUGUGUGAGAGAGAGAGAGAGAGACUUUGUGUGGGGAGAUUGUCUGCAGUUUUCCAUCUUACUGUUCAGACUGAGAAGACACUUUGUGACUAAAUCUUUAUGCAUGCAAACAGCCCAAACUGAUAAACAAGAAGCCAUUUUUUUAAUGAAACAUACACACACACACACACACACACACACACACACACACACACACACACACACUCCAGCAAGCAAUGACUGCUGUCUCCUUGUGUUCAUUCAGAGAAGAAAUCAUUAAUUAAUCAGACCAGAGGGAUCAAAUUAGGCAAACAGUGGCAAAUAUUGUGGUGAAUAUGUUUUCUCUGAGAACAGUUUUAUUUGAAAGAUUUGCCGUAAACAUUCUAUUGUAACAUAAACAUUCUAUUGAAAUGUAAACAUUCUAUCGUUAUGGUAACACUUUGUUUAGCUCAUGUCCAGCUCCUCUGGAUGUUUGCGGAGAACAACCUCCCCGGAUUGUUUGCAUGUUGGAAAACGUUUGUCGAGAACUCAAGGUAAUCAAAAAACUGUUUGAAAACAUCGUUGUUAUGUUUACAAAUUUGAACGCACCGCUGGUGAAAAAGGUUUUUUUUUUUAACACACGACACUGCGCCUGUGUACGAUGGUUCCUGUCUGUUUUAACACACGACACUGUGCCUGUGUACGAUGGUUCCUGUCUGUUUUAACACACGACACUGUGCCUGUGUACGAUGGUUCCUGUCUGUUUUAACACACGACACUGCGCCUGUGUACGAUGGUUCAUGUCUGUUUGUCUCCAAAUGAUAAUGAUUGAUGUCUGUUUGUCUAAUAUUCACUACUUCCUAGUGAAAGGCACUGACCAAGUGAUUGUGUAUGCAGGUCCUUCAACUGUAAUGGUUCAUGUCAAAGGCACUGACCAAGUGAUUGUGUAUGCAGGUCCUUCAACUGUAGUGGUUCAUGUCUGUCUGUCUAACUAUUCACUACUUCCAGUGAAAGGCACUGACCAAGUGAUUGUUCAACUGUUGGCAAGCAGGUGAUCUGAACCUGCUCUCUGAUUGGCUGAGCAGAUUUCCCAUGGGGCUCUCUGAUUGGCUGCUGCAGAUUUCCCAUGGUGCUCUCUGAUUGGCUGCUGCAGAUUUCCCAUGGGGCUCUCUGCAUCCCUGACACUCCAUCACACGCACAUGCCAGUUAGCGUGUUAGCACACUAACAUCACUUAGACAUAAACAUGCCAGUUAGCGUGUGUGCAUGUAAGAUGUUAGCAGUUAGCAUGUAAGAUCAUCAUAUACACGUAACCAUGGCAAUAAGCAUGUUUGUAAGCCUCCCAUCACCCACACAUGAACAUGCAUGUUAGCCUGUUAGCAUGUCAGCAAACUUGCGAUCACACAUAUGAUUUCACACAUGGCUCCAAAAUGAAGGAUGUCACACACACACAUUGUCCCAUUUGUGUGUCUUGUACAUAAUGUAAUUUCUGUUAAAAAGCUUUCGCAUGUGUGCAUGCAUGUGUGUGUGUGUACUCGUGUGUGUGUGUGUGUGUGUGUGUGUCUACGUGCUCAUGUAUAUAAUCUAAUCUUAAUGGGGCGGAUGGAAUGCCAAACAGUCCAUUUCAUUUUGUAAUGAGUAAUUUAUUGAUGAUAAAAAAUAAACACGGCAAGAUUUGAAUUGUCUUUGUAUCUUUUUAUUUUGUGCAUGUGUGUAUUUGUGUGCAUGUGUGUGUGCAUCUGUGUGAGUGUUUUGAAGAGGAUGUUAUGAAGAUAUGUGAAUGCCAACAUGCACAUCUGUGGUUAUAGAUGUCUGGUGUGGAUGUGUGUGUGUGUGUGUGUGUGUGUGUAUGUGUAUGUGUGUGUUUCACAGGGAAGGAUGAAGCAUGUAUUUUCCUGAAAUUUAACUACAAAACCAUGAAUCAGCCUUGGUGUUUCAGUUGUCAAGUAAACAUUUAAUUAAGUAAUAUAAUUGGACUGCUGCUUAAUUAAAGUCAUAUUAUUGGAGGUCUGUUUAAUUAAAGUCAUAUGAUUGGAGGGCUGUUUAAUUAAAGUCAUAUGAUUGGA